AUGACUGAGUAUAACGACCCAGCGGCAAGCGUACUCGCCCUAGCCAAAGAUUCUGGGCUGACUAAAAACUAUUUUGCCCUAUCAAAAUCUACUGGUGUUCCAAGCUCCACGCUACGCGACCGUGACCGUGGUAGAGUUUCCAAGAAGGAGCGUGCUGCGGAGCAACAAUAUCUCACCCCACAGGAGGAAAAGUCAAUGGUAGAUCAUGCUCUACGUUUAUCGAAAAAUGGAUAUCCCCUACCGAUCAAGUUCUUACGAGCCUUGGCGUGGGAGAUCGCGCGCCGUCGCUCGUCGCCCGUCUCCAUCCCUCUUGACGACGACCUCCGACUUCCAGGGAAGAAAUGGCCCCAAGCCUUCUACAAACGCCACCCUGAAGUCAAAUCGAAGACAUUGAAAGCGAUCGACUGGAAAAGACACGAUCAUAGUAUAUACGAUAAAGUGCAGGAAUGGUUUCGUAUCAUCAAGCCGGAGCUUGAUCUUGCUGAGGUGCUUGCAGAGAAUGUCUAUAACAUGGAUGAAACUGGCGUGCUUCUGAGUGUUCUAGGCUCCAUCAAAGUAUUAGUAGGUCGAGGCGACCUGAGCAAAUACCGAGGUGCUGGAGUAAAACGGACUAUGGUCACUGCAGUUGAAUGCAUCUCUGCCGACGGUAGGUCCCUGAAACCCCUUAUCAUAUGGCCUGCCUCCACCCACCGUAGUAACUGGACCACUUUCCCCACUCCUGGGUGGCAUUUUGCCUGCUCGAAAAAUGGAUAUACGGAUAGCACCAUCAAUCUGUACUGGAUCCAGCACGUAUUCGAUCCGCAGACCAAGGCGCGCGCUGGCGAUCGGCCACGUCUUUUGAUCAGUGAUGGGUUCGCAGCACAUGAGUCACUUGAAGUUCUAAAAUUCUGUUUUGAGAAUAACAUUAUCCUGUGCCGACUUCCGUCGCAUACUUCGCAUAAGCUUCAACCGUGUGACGUGGGUGUGUUCAGUGCACUUAAAACGGCCUACCGAGAACAAGUCGACUUACUAUAUAGUGGUGGAGCGAAUGCCGUGCGUUUGGAGCAUUUUGGUUCUCUGUAUGACCGAGCACGGAAGGCGGCGAUGACAUCCCGUAAUAUUAUCGCUGGCUGGUCCAAAAGUGGUUUGUUCCCGUGGAACCCAGAUCGGGUGCUUAGAGAUAUCCAACCACCCCCAGGAGGUGAUUGCCGUCCCCAGGUAGAAACUGUCCAGUCGGCCAACCAUGCCGUGGAAGUCGAGCAGUUACAAACUCCUAUCACGGCUGAAGGCCUCAAGCUUUUAUGUCGUCAGGUGGACAAAGAGACUCGUGGAUGGGAUGAUGAUUCUAAGAAUCUCGUCAAGUGUCUCGCCCAUGCAACAGAAAAGGCAUUUGCGGACCGUGUCCUUCUACAUACCGAGAAUGGGCGACUGUUGAUACAAAACAAUGAGAAACGAAGUCGAACAUCUCAACCAGCAAGGAAAGUAGGUAAUGCGAAGGUCAUGAGUUAUGAGGAUAUAAUCGAGGCUCAGAAUAAACGAGACAUGAAAAAGACUGGCCAGACACAUCGAAAUAACCUCGCUUGCGAGUUUCGAGCCCAAGGGUUGGGCCCAAAGUUGGGCUUUGCGGAAGUCUGGACUCCAGACCCCCCCCCCCCCCCCCCCCCAGGUGACGAAGCCAUAGCAAAUGAGAGCCAAGAGCUUCUCGAGAGUCUAGCUGUCGUUAGCACUCAACUACUAAUGCUUUACUGCGCUCUUCUACCCCAUAUUCCCACUGCGAGUUUCAGCGGACGUUCCCCUGAGUUUUAG